AUGCAAGACCCUUCUCGCCCCGCCACCGGCUACCCCGCUCCGCCCUUCCACCACCCAAACGGCGGCCAACAUCCGCCGCCCGCCACCGCAUAUCCUUAUGCCGCCGCUCCCCCUCCCUACCCCCAACCCCAAUAUUACAACCCCAAUUACCCACCUCCCCGCUCCUACGCCUCCCGCUCCUUCUUCCGCGCCUUCUUCGCCACUAUGAUUUGCCUCGCCGUCAUCUUUGGCGUCAUCCUCAUCGUCACGUGGCUCGUCCUUCGCCCUUCACUCCCUCACUUCACCAUCCACACCCUCUCCCUCACCAACCUCUCCACCACCGCGCAAUCCCUCUCCGCCACGUGGCACGUCGCCUUCCUCGUUCGCAACGGCAACAAGAAGAUGACCAUCACCUACAACUCCAUCCACUCCGCCCUCUUCUACCGCAUCAUCAACAUCGCCGAGUCCCAGCUCGUCCCCUUCAAACAGGACACCAAGUCUGAGACCACCAUCAAUACUACUCUCGUCGCCGCUGGCACCUACCUCCAACCCUCCCUCAUCAACGAUCUCAACGCCGAACGAAGCUCAAAUUCCGUUCUCUUUGACAUCCAGGUUGUCGCCUCGACCUCCUUCCGCUCCGGUUCCUGGAGGUUCCGGACGCGCUUCCUCAAGGUUCUCUGCCGGAAAGUUCCUGUUGGUGUUUCCUCGAAUGCCACUUCCGGCGAAUUGGUCGGUGGAGAUCGGGAAUGUCAGGUUUGGACGUGA